AUGAUCAAAAGAGAGAAAGAUUUGCAGGUCAUAGGAUCAUCAAAAGUAAAACUUUUAAAAGAAAAUGUUUACGUAUAUAUCCAUACAUGGCUUGAAACAGAAUGUCAUAAGGGAUCGAAUGAAAUCGCCUCAGCGGUUUAUGACACUUUAAACAAAAUCAAGAUUCCUGAGAAUGUGAAAGAGAUUAGACUGGUAUCAGAUGGCUGCACUGGGCAGAACAAAAAUAGUAUUGUUCUGUCUAUGUGCGCUAAAUGGAUGUUAGAAGCUCCGAGCCAUAUCGAAAAACUGCAAUUGAUAUUUCCGGCCACUGGCCAUUCUUUUUCACCUCCAGAUCGAGUUUUCGCCUUGAUAGAAAAAAAGAUAAAAAACUUGACACAAUAG